AUGAAGAUGACCAUCAUCGUGAAUGUUUUGUUUUGUUUCCUUUGUGCCAUCGCCUUGGUGUCCGCGCAACCAAGUCCUGAUCUAGCUACCAUGAACGCUCUAAGAGACUCCCUCAAGUUUCCGAAAGACUCCUCCUGGACAGGACCGGAUCCUUGUAAGUGGAGCGGUGUACAGUGCGACAGAAGCAACCGAAUCACUCGGAUACAGAUCGGUAAUAAAGGAAUAUCUGGAACGUUAACUUCUGAUCUCAACACCCUCUCGUCUUUAACUGUUUUCGAAGUCAUGGGAAACAAGUUAACCGGAGGGAUACCUAGUCUCGCUGGUUUAAACGCGUUGCAAACGAUCAACGCUCAUGACAAUAGCUUCACUUCGAUCUCUGCUGAUAUCUUCACCGGUUUGACGUCUCUUCAACAUGUGUACCUUGACGGUAACCCGUUUAGUCCUUGGGAGAUUCCUAUGAGUUUAAAGAGUGCAACUUCUCUAGUAGACUUCUCUGCCGCUAACUGUUUUCUUUCCGGGAAGAUUCCGGAUUUUCUCGGCGGACAAACGUUCCCUAGCUUGCAGAAGCUGCGCCUGUCUUCCAACUCGCUCUCCGGUGAACUUCCGUUGAGCUUUGCUAACUCACCUGUUCAAACUCUGUUGCUCAACGGGCAAACCCCGCAAAAGCUCAACGGGUCAAUCUCAGUUCUACAGAACAUGACUUCUUUAACCGAGGUGUCCCUGCAAGGAAACGCCUUCUCAGGUCCAUUACCGGACAUGUCUGGUCUUGUCUCUCUGACAAAGUUCAACGUCAGGGAGAAUCAGCUCACCGGUUUGGUUCCAUCUUCUUUCACCGAGUUGCAAUCUCUUGCUGUGGUGAAUAUGACUAAUAAUCUUUUUCAAGGAUCAACACCAACCUUCAAGGCUAAAAACAUUGCGGUUGAUAUAACUCCAAGGCUCAACAGUUUCUGUUUAGAUUCUCCCGGUGUGCCUUGUGAUCCACGCGUCAACAGCUUGCUUGCUAUCGUUGAAGCGUUUGGUUACCCUGUGAGAUUUGCGCAGAGCUGGAAAGGAAACGAUCCUUGUAGCAGUAAAAACGUGUGGGUGGGCAUAACUUGCACCGGAGCUGACAUCACGGUUAUCAACUUCAAAGGGAUGGGUCUCAAGGGAACUAUCUCUCCACGCUUUGCGGAUCUUACUUCUCUUAGGGUUAUCAAUCUCUCUCAGAACAAUCUCACCGGUGUUAUUCCACAGGAACUCACUAAGUUGAGUAGCUUGGCAACUCUAGAUGUUUCCAACAAUCAGUUGUAUGGCAAGGUACCUGUGUUUGGUCCUAAUGUCUUGAUCACUACUGGGAACCCUGACCUAGGAAAAGAUGAUCCUGGACAUGCUUCUGGUUCUUCCGGAAGUAAUGCUGGGACAGUUGUGGGUUCUGUUUUUGGAGUUGUGAUGGGUUUGCUUCUUAUGGGUUUGAUUAUUUUCUUAGUGGUCAAGAAAAGGAAGCAAAAUCGGAAGAAGUAUCCACAACAACAUUCUGGUGAAGAAGAUGCACUCAAGAUCACAAUAGAUAAUCUUUGUGCUGGUGGAAGUGAAAGUGGUAGCAACGGUCUUUUAGUGGAACCUGAGAACCCUGUGAUGCCAAUACAGGUACUGAGGGAUGCUACCGAUAAUUUCAACGAGAAGAAUAUACUUGGGAGAGGUGGAUUUGGAAUAGUUUACAAGGGUGAAUUGCCAUCUGGGAAGACCGUUGCGGUGAAGAGAAUGGAAUCUUCGGUUAUGAGUGGAAAGGGUUUGGAUGAGUUUAAGUCAGAGAUUGCUGUUCUAACCAAAGUUCGUCAUCGGAAUCUAGUGAAAGUUGAAGGUUAUUGCUUAGAGUCCAACGAGAGACUUCUGGUUUAUGAAUACAUGCCGCUAGGAACUUUGAGUAGUCAUCUUUUUAACUGGCAGGAAGAAGGGUUACAACCUCUAGAGUGGUCUAGACGUUUGAUUAUUGCAUCGGAUGUGGCUAAAGGAGUAGAGUAUUUGCAUAGUCAAGCGCAUCAAAGUUUCAUACAUAGAGAUCUCAAGCCAUCCAACAUUCUUCUUGGGGAUGAUAUGCGUGCCAGAGUUGCUGACUUUGGUUUAGUCCGGCUUGCGCCAGAAGGCACACAAUCGAUUGAGACUAAAAUUGCUGGGACUUUUGGUUAUCUUGCCCCAGAGUAUGCAGUGACCGGAAGAGUUACAACAAAGGUCGAUGUUUACAGUUUUGGAGUCAUUCUCAUGGAGCUACUAACCGGUAGAAAAGCUCUUGACGUGAAAAGAUCUGAGGAAGAUGUGCACCUUGUCACAUGGUUUAGGAGAAUGUUCAUCAACAAAGACUCAUUCCCAAAGGCCAUUGACGCAUCAAUUGACAUCAACGAAGAGACACUCCCAAGCAUCAAUAAAGUAGCUGAGCUUGCCUGUCAUUGCUCUGCCAGGGAACCACAUCAGAGACCAGACAUGAGUCAUGUGGUUAGAGUGUUGGCCUCACUCCUUGACCAGUGGAAACCAGAUGAAGAUAUCUCUGGAAACGACUAUGAUGCACCUCCUCCUCCUCUUUCGGAGAUGAUACAGGGAACUAGCAAUGAUUCAUCUUUCUUUGGAGAUAAUUCUUUGACGAGUAUACCUUCGCGACCUCGCCAGAUUGACAACAUAUUCAACACAGGACAAGGUAGGUAAGUGUGUUAGAGAAUUCGAUGAAGGAAAAAUUAAUGUUUUGUUGCUGGAUGAGAUCUUGUUUUAGGGUUGCGGAUUAUGAAUAUCUCUCUUUGGUACCUUGAUUCUCAAGUUAGGUUUCCUUUUUGCGGGAAUGAAGCCCGUGUGCUUAAAUGAACGUGUCAUGGUCUACUACAAUUAUAUCUUGCACAUCCUAUACAUUUAGAUCAUUUUAGAGUGAGCA